AUGUGUACCGCGGACAGCAACCACUGUGCUGGGGUCUGCAAUCGUCUGGAGAGCCGUCACCUGUGUGCGCAGAGAGUUUUUAGGAUGUCCACUUCGGGAUCCGGAGAUGUGACGGCAAGGACAGUUGCUGAUGCAGAGAAGCGCCACCACGCCUGCACGUGCACUGCCCAGAACGUGAUAUACACAGUCCUCUGUAUAAGCAUGCCUGUGCCUCUGCAGUGGCUGAAGGAGUUGCCGCCACUGAAGCGGUGA